UUCAAGGGCUUCAUGAGGUUUGAGUACAAAGUUAUGGGGUCUAUCCCAUCAGGUGCUGUUGCUUUACUGAAAGGUUUCCUAUUCUUUGUCACCAGUUUCUCUUAAUUUGGUUGAUACUUUUGUUGGAAGGUUGUGCUUUGCUUCUCCCUGCAAAAAUAAUAAUAGGAUAGUCCGCUCAUUAUUUCAGCAGAAUAUUAUUACUCUGUCAGCUGUGUGACUGCUUAAUGCAGUGAGUAACACCUGCUGGAAAAUAUGUGGAUGCUUCCUCAUACUGUUAUUAACUAACAAAGUAAAGGAGAUUUCUUACAAAAUAAUUCAUAAGUUUUAUCCUGCAAAUCAUUACAUUUUGGGAUGACUCUGCUCUGAUGACUGUUGUUCAUCAUUUUUUAGAACUAUCCAUUCACAAAGGAAUUUUGGCAAGACAUUUUAGGUUUCAUAAGGAGUAAAAUUUAUAUGUGUCCUGUUUUGGAAGGACGUGGUGCUGGGUUUUGAAUAUGAAAAGCCUAAAAGAAAACAAUUUACGUAGUGAAUCUGAUUUUGUUUCUUAUAAAAUUCCACAUUCUCAGAUGCAAAUAUUCAAACUCCAGACCUCUCUAUUUCGUUUUCAAUAAAGAAUUUGAGCAAUGCCUGUCAUUGAUCCAAUUGUCUAAGAACAAAAAAGCUUUAAAAACUUUAUCUAUUGGUAACUCUUUUCCUAUCUUUAAUUACAUGCAAGUCUCAAAUAAUUUGUUUCAGUUUGUAAUGUGUUAAACACCCCCUUUUUUGUCAUUGUCUAUAAUUUUUAUUUGAAAUAGACGUAAAAUAGCCGUUUAUUAGAUGCCCUGACUUGUGACCUUUAUGACCUUAAAGUACUCAUUACAGAAAUCAGUGUCCAUUUGACACAAGAUCAACAUCAAAAUGCGAUUGCUUUGCCUGUUCCUGCUGGUGGCCAGUAGUUCCUGCUGGUGGUUUACCACAGAGGACGACAAGAAGGAAAGUGACAAGAAGGAAAGUUACAGGAAGGAAAUUGUUGGGACAGUGAUUGGAAUAGACCUUGGGACGACCUACUCAUGUGUUGGAGUGUUCAAGAACGGCCGUGUGGAGAUCAUCGCUAAUGACCAGGGAAACCGCAUCACUCCAUCAUACGUGGCCUUCACCACCGAAGGUGAGCGUCUCAUCGGAGACGCUGCGAAGAACCAGCUGACCUCCAACCCUGAGAACACCGUCUUUGAUGCCAAGAGGUUGAUCGGCCGCACAUGGGGCGACUCGUCUGUGCAGCAGGACAUUAAAUACUUUCCCUUUAAGGUUAUUGAGAAGAAGAACAAGCCUCACAUCCAGCUGGACAUUGGAUCAGGUCAGAUGAAGACUUUCACCCCUGAGGAAAUCUCUGCUAUGGUUCUGACUAAAAUGAAGGAAACUGCGGAGGCUUACCUGGGAGAGAAGGUCACACAUGCUGUGGUCACUGUUCCCGCUUAUUUCAAUGAUGCCCAGCGCCAGGCCACCAAAGAUGCAGCAACUAUCGCUGGUCUGAAUGUCAUCAGAAUCAUCAAUGAGCCAACCGCCGCCUCUAUUGCUUAUGGUCUGGACAAGAAGGACGGUGAGAAGAACAUCCUGGUGUUUGAUCUCGGUGGCGGCACCUUUGACGUUUCCCUGCUGACCAUCGAUAACGGCGUCUUUGUGGUGGUGGCCACUAAUGGAGACACUCACCUCGGCGGGGAAGACUUCGAUCAGCGUGUCAUGGAGCACUUCAUCAAGCUCUACAAGAAGAAGACCGGAAAGGAUGUGCGCAAGGACAACCGCGCCGUGCAGAAGCUGCGUCGUGAGGUGGAGAAGGCCAAGAGAGCGCUGUCCACCCAGCAUCAGGCCCGCAUCGAGAUCGAGUACUUCUUCAGGGGUGAAGACUUCUCCGAGACGCUGACCCGCGCCAAGUUUGAGGAGCUCAACAUGGACUUGUUCCGCUCCACAAUGAAACCAGUGCAGAAGGUUCUGGAAGAUGCUGACCUGAGCAAGUCUGACAUUGACGACAUCGUUCUGGUCGGCGGCUCCACUCGUAUUCCCAAGAUCCAGCAGCUGGUGAAGGAGUUCUUCAACGGCAAGGAGCCGUCCAAAGGUAUCAACCCCGAUGAGGCCGUGGCUUACGGAGCCGCCGUCCAGGCCGGAGUCAUGACAGGAGAAGAGGACACUGGUGACUUGGUUAUUCUGGAUGUUUGCCCUUUGACCCUGGGAAUUGAGACGGUUGGAGGAGUGAUGACCAAACUCAUUCCCAGGAACACCGGUGUGCCCAUCAAGAAAUCCCAGCCUUUCACCACCACUUCUGACAACCAGCAAAUCGUGGCCAUCAAAGUUUAUGAAGAAUCUGUUCUCUUUUCCUGCAUCUUUCCAGGUGAGCGUUCGUUGACCAAGGAUAACAACCUCCUGGGCACCUUUGACCUGACCGGCAUCCCUCCGGCUCCCCGUGGAGUCCCUCAGAUCGAGGUGACCUUUGAGAUCGAUGUCAACAGCAUCCUGCGCGUCACCGCCGAGGACAAGGGCACGGGCAACAAGAACAAGAUCACCAUCACCAAUGACCAGAACCGGCUGACGCCAAAAGACAUCGAGCGCAUGGUGAACGAGGCCAAGCUCUUUGCCGACGAGGACAAGAAGUUGAAGGAGCGCAUCGACGCCCGCAACGAGCUGGAGAGCAACACCUACUACAUAAAGAACCAGAUCGGGGACAAAGAGAAGCUGGGCGGCAAGCUGUCGUCCGACGAUAAGGAGGCCAUCGAGGAGGCCAUCAAGGAGAAGAUCGAGUGGCUGGAGUCUCACCAGAACGCAGAUCUCGAGGACUUCCAGGCCAAGAAGAAGGAGCUUGAGGAAGUCGUGCAGCCAAUCAUAAGCAAGCUAUACGGCAGCGCGGGCGGCCCGCCGCCGGAGGAGGACGACGAGAAGGACGAGUUGUAGACCAUUCAGGCUAGUUGCAUUGACACCUUCGACUCUCUAGGUGUAUAUAUUGAACAUGAUAGACAUUUUUGUAUGAGACGGGUGAAUGUUAAGCCUCAAAUCUCUUCAGGAAAGACUUGUGGGUUAAAGAGUUGCGUUUGUUAUUUUAUUUUCUCUUCAUUCUGGUGAAGAUUUUGUGGUCUGUCAAUUAGAGGUGGGGGGAAAAAAUUGAUUCAAUUCUAACUUCUAACUUCUUUUUUUCUAAAGGGUUAAAUUUCUUUAACUACUAGUUAUUGGCACGUUAGAGUUAUUCGUCACAGUAAGCCGCAAAAAAGGACUCAAUGCCGUGUUGAUGCUGACGGACACACAGCCGAAGUGUGAGCAAAAAUUCCUCCUCUUAGAUGCAUGCAAUUCCGAAAUUAGUUCUCUUUCACAGCUUAUUGCACUUAAGCGGUCAAAUACACACACAAUUAUGUCAAUAUGCACAUUGUGUGGAGUAUUCGCAUUAACGCAGUCUAUUAUGUCAUACGUGAAUGUAAACAGUUCGGAGCAAAUCAGAUGUGUAACAGUAUAUCAGAUCCGUGCAUUUGUUCUUAAAGCGACAGCUGACUAAUAAACAUGUUGCCGUCUGUUACAUCAAUGUUAAUCAAAAAAAAAAACCCUGAAUCACUUUUGUAUUUUUAUUAUGAAUCAAUUUAUAUGUAGUUCAUACAGUGAACACUAUACUAUUUUAUAUUUGAUUAUUUCUGUAGUAACUCUUAACACACAUUAAACUUAGGUUAAUGUACCUGAAAAACUUAAAGUUUAUUCCAUUUGAAUAUUAUGUUUAUUGUGUAGACUGAAGUCAGCUUAAAUGGCAUUUGUUUUAUAAUAAUGGAUUGAUGGAUUUCAAGGUCUACAUUUAAUUCACUGAGAUUUUUUCUUCAAGACCUAUUAAAAUGUCUACUGCAGUCAAAAAGGAAACGUAAACUAGUAAAUUAACACAAAACAGUAAACUAGAAUAAAAUCUAUGCAUAAACCCCAGGCUCAAUGCUGCGAGAUGUAAACUAAGAAUUCAGAAAAAAAAGUCAGAAUUGCAAGAUAUAAUCUCAUAAUUCAGAGGGGGGGAAAUCAGAAUUGCGAGUUUAUAUCGGUCUAUCUCGCAAAUUCUGACUUUAUUCUCAGAUUUGCAAAAACAAAGUCUGAAUUGUCUGAUAAAAAGUCGGAAACAUGCUUCCAUAGAAAAUAGUGCACAUCUGCAUUGCAAAAUUAGCUGGAUAUUUGACAGUGAUCCAGUAGUCAAAAUAUUUAUGACUGAAUAUGCUCUGCUCUUCUGGAAAAGGAGGGACAAGCAGUUAAAUAAGCCAGUGUGAAGCCAAUAUGUGUUUAAAAACUAUAAUUUGUAUAGACCGUAUGCUGGGAGGAUGGCACAGAAGAGGCAAAUGUGGUGUUAUUACCAUUUAAAAUAGCUAUUUGUUUUGUAAAAUGUAGUUUAUUCCUGUAAAUACAUUUUUAGGAUUCUUAGAAUAGAAAGUUCAAAACAAAAGCAUUUAUUUGAAAUUGAUUUUUUAAUGAUUUCUGAAGGAUCAUGUGGCACUGAAGUCUGUGGUAAUGAUGCUGAAAAUACAGCUUUGAUCACAGCAAUCAAUUACAUUUUGCAAUUGUAAAAUUGUACAAUUACAGUUCAGUUGUAAUAAUAUCUCAAAAUAUUACUAUUUUCACUGUGUUUCUGAUCAAAUAAAUGCAGUGUUGGUGA